CGGGAUGAAAUCAGGAUGAUGUGGGAAUAUUUUAUGGAGUGCCCGCAGGUUUAGUGGCUGGAAGUUGAGCAUUUCAUGACAUGGAGUUUGGACAAGUUUAUUUCCAGUAUAAAAGAGCAGUCCUACUCUCUCUGAUGAAGUUGGGUCUGUUCUGCACAGUGACAGCCAACGUGUGUUUGCCAACCACAUGCCAAAACGGAGGCACAUGCAUUGAUACUACGGUUGGCUUCCUUUGUGUCUGUUCAGAUGAGCCGGUUAUUUACACUGGCAUACACUGUGAGCGUUUAUAUGACCCGUGUGCUGACGAAGAUUGCCCCAACUGCAUCGGCUCUCAAGGAACCAAUAUUUACACCUGCCCCUGUCCCGACGGGUUUGACGGACCCAAUUGCACCCACAACAUCAAUGACUGUGAGAGUAACCCCUGCACGGGCAUCAAGAGCCACUGCGUGGAUGGAGUAAAUGGAUAUUCCUGCCACUGUCCCCGUGGAUACAGCGGGGAUGAUUGCAGGACAAGGGUGCGAGACUGCUCAGAUGCACCUUGCUACAAUAAUGCCACCUGCGUGUGGGCACCAACUGGGUACGAGUGCCAGUGUGGCAGGGGUUUCCAGGGCAAACACUGUGAAGAUGAUAUUGACGAGUGUCUGUCACAGCCCUGCAAGAAUGGCGCUAUCUGUGUGGAUGGUAUUCAUAUUUACCACUGCUACUGUGUGCCUGGUUUCCAAGGCUACCACUGUGAGAUUGACAUCAACGAGUGCGCCUCACAACCCUGUGAGAACAACGGGACAUGCAUCAACAGGAAGGACCGCUACAUCUGUGACUGUCUGCUUGGGUUUACAGGUGUGAAUUGUGAAGCUGAGAUUGAUGAAUGUGAAUCGGCUCCUUGUCAGAACGGCGCCACCUGUCACGAUCAUGUGGGACUGUACACCUGUGAGUGUGUACCUGGAUAUGAAGGCAUUAACUGUGAACUUGACAUCAAUGAAUGUGAAAGUUCACCCUGCCAGCAUGAUGGUCUGUGUUUGGACAAAGUCAGCAGUUUUGAGUGUGACUGCACUGGCACUGGAUUUGUGGGGUCUUUCUGUGAAGAGGACAUACCCGAGUGUGCAUCUGACCCCUGUCAGCACGGUGCGACCUGCCAGGAGGGAGUUAACCAAUACUCCUGUCUAUGCUGGCCAGGUUACAAAGGUGAGAACUGUGAGACUGACGUGAACGAGUGUGAAAUUCUGCCGUGUGAGAAUGACGGUGAAUGUUUCCAGCGAUCAGACACCAGUCACUACAAAGUUCUGCCAGAAUUGGACACCGACUUUAGCUACACGAACGCAGCCGGAUACCUGUGCCACUGCAUCGCUGGAUUCACAGGUGAAAACUGCUCAGUUAACGUGAACGAAUGUGAGUCUAUGCCGUGUGAAAACGGAGGCACCUGCGAUGAUCUUAUCAACACAUAUCAGUGCUCGUGUCCUCCUGGGUUUACAGGAGUUGUGUGUGAGAUUAACAUCGAUGAAUGUGAGAGUGAACCAUGUCAGAACGGCGCCCGAUGUGAAGAUGGCAUUAAUGACUACAUAUGCCACUGCCCUCCUCCUGCGCCUGACCAGCUGCCCUCGGGCGGCCACGACUGUGACAUCCCACUUACCGGCUGCAUGGAUGACCCCUGCCAAAACGGUGCCACCUGUGUACCUUCACUGCAAGGCGAUGAACACCAGCACACCUGUCAAUGCUCUCCUGGUUUUUACGGUGGCAAAUGUGAUAUUCCCACAACCUUCUCCUUCUCUAGAGGGAGUUAUUUGAUUUUUGAAGUUCCACAUAGUAACAGGACUCGCAGGCAAGCUGGAUUCCAAGGGCCCAGUGUCCAACUGAGGUUUAGGACGACCUUGUCUUAUUUAAUUCUCUUCUACAGAGGAAGCCAAGAAAAUUUUUUCACACUGGAGCUAAUUGGUGAAAAUCUCUACUCAAGAGUCGAAUCAGGAGACUUGAAGCUCGCUGUGCAACUGAAGGGUAAUUUCAGCAAUGGACUCUGGCAUGAAGUUUUGGUUACUGUGGAUGAGAUGCUAACUCUGACCCUGCUGGCAGAAGACAAGACCAAAGCUGAGGAUGGAGGCCACAACCAGCUGUUGUCCUUCCAGACACAUGAUUUGGAGAAAGUGUACAUUGGUGGGGUUCCAGAGGAUUUCUUGAACAAAACAGCCACCAGGAUGGGAUUUGUUGGCUGUUUUGAGGAUCUGCUGAUAGAUUCUCAGCUGGUUCUUGCACAACACCUCAGUCCAGAGCAGGUGGUGGACAUUGAGAUGGGAUGUGAGAAGACAGAGUGGUGUCAUCCAGACCCCUGUUCUGAGCGCGGUCACUGUGUAGACCUGUGGACGGACUAUAAGUGUGACUGCCGCAGGCCAUUUUAUGGAUACAAUUGUUCGGAAGAGCACUCUUCAUGGACAUUCAGUCACGAGCGCAACAGAAGCUUUGCUGCUUUUCCCAUCACGCAGAAGCACGGCGGCAACAUCACUGUGUCAUUUUGGCUUAAAUCACGGCAGUUAAAUGGCCUGAUCUUUCAACUGAGGCAUCAGAAUCAAGCGUACCUCACUGUUGCUCUACGAAAUGGCUCAAUAUAUAUUGCAACAUACAGCUCCAUGAGAAUAGCCUCCAAUGUCAUAACCAACGGAGAAAAGGUGUUUGUGGCAAUCGAAAAACAACAGGGCUGUAUAUUCUUUAAUAAGGUACAGCUGAUUUGUGCCCCAAGAGAAUUCAUUGAUUUUGAGGUAGAGGCAGGGGAUGUGGCAAAUCUUGGUGGGCUUCCUGAGGGAGAGGAGACCGCAAAGUGGGGUGGAUAUUUUAAAGGCUGCCUGCAGGACGUCCGCAUUGAUAACACACAACUGUACAUGUACUCGGGCAGCAUCAGUCAAAAACCACAACAUCCAAGUUACUUACCAAGAAAUUCAUCUAAUUUGCUGGAGCAUUGUGUUAGCGACCAAAUAUGUAAGAUGAGGCCUUGUCAGAAUGGAGGAAAAUGUCAGGUCAUUUGGAAUGACUUUGCGUGUUCCUGUCCUCUGAACUACUCUGGGAAGGCGUGUGACACUCGAGUGUGGUGUGUUAGUGAUCCGUGUGCCCAAGGCAGUCGAUGUGUGGACUUACCUGAUGGUUAUGAGUGUUUAGCUAAUGCCACAUUCAAAAACAAUGCUUUGAAGUACAGUGCCAAUGGCUCCUUGUAUGUCUCCGUGACAACCAUCUCAAUGGAGCUGCGAACCCGUGAGGAGAACGGAACGUUGUUACGUGCCUCUAACAGUCUGGAAUUCUUCUGCAUGGGCUUUCUGAAUUCCUCCCUGAUCGUGAAGUUCCGCAAUGCAAAUAGCCUGGAGGUGCUAGCUUUUAUCAGUGAGGUGCCCGUUUCGGAUGGCAAUUGGCACCAAGUGAAGCUCUCCAUGUCCAGCUCAGGCAAUGCAGCGCCUUGCUGGAACCUCACUGUGGACGGUCGAGCAGCCGGCUACACACUGGCACCCACUGGCAACAUGGACUUCUUCAACCACUCCACAGUGUGGUUAGCCGAGAACUACACUGGCUGUUUGGGUGAGGUACGGAUUGGUGGGGUAUAUUUACCUUUCUUUAGAAGCCUUGAGGAGGAAGUGCCACAAAUGUCUCAGUUCGUCCGAGUUAGAGAGGUGGCAGCACCUCAGCUGGGAUGCACCAGCACCACCUUGUGUUUUUCUGAGCCUUGCCAGAACAAUGGAACAUGCCGGGACCUCUUCAAUCUCUUUGAAUGUGAAUGUGCCCCUGGAUGGAUGGGUGAUCGCUGCCUGGAUAACAUCGACGAGUGCGGCCAACAGCCCUGCAUCCAUGGGAGUUGCAAGGACCUACCGGGGCACUACGUGUGCGAGUGCGCCCCCGGCUAUGGUGGCAAUCACUGCCAUUUGGAGGUGGACAGGUGCCAGGAGCAUCACUGUGAGAAUGGUGGCUCCUGUUUGAAUACAGCUGGCGGAUACUCCUGUGUCUGUCUACCUGAUUACACAGGCCAAUUCUGCCAAUGGCAUGUGCCGCCUCAAUGUGAGGUGGAUGCACAGUGUGAAAAUGGAGGUGUGUGCACUGAUGGACUCUGGGGAGCAAACUGUACCUGCAAACCCGGGUUCACUGGAGACAGAUGUGAAAUGGAUAUAGAUGAGUGUGAGUCAAACCCCUGCCUUAAUGGUGGCACAUGCCUGAACAGACAGAACUUAUACCUAUGUAAAUGUGUGCUCAACUUCACUGGAGAUAACUGUGAGAAUAACAAGCUGCCGCAGAGGGAAAGUGUGCCAUGGCUGGUGGUGGUCAUUCCUUUGGUGUGUCUUGGUGCUCUGUUGGCAGUGGUGGUGCUGGUUUGCAUGUUUCUCACCGCCAGAAAGAAACGACAGUCAGAGGGUAUGUACAGCCCAAGUCAACAGGAAGUGGCUGGAGCCAGACUAGAGAUGGGCAGCUUGCUCAAAGUGCCUCCAGAAGAGAGAUUGAUCUGACAAGCCAGCUCCAACAAAUAGCUAAACUGGUUGUGCUUAUGGUUUCAGCCAGUCUUACUAGAAACAAGGUCACUUUAAGUGACAUUACAAAGUGACAAAGCCAGUGUGUGUUGCUUGUAUGUGUCAAGGCACGUUAGGCAAAGACACGGGUGCCUUCUGGGAGACAAACUAUGGUUACUUUACCAACUACGAGUAGGAAAUUAGUGGGCUACUUCAGUUUUGUUGUUUUGUUUUGUACAACUGUGACGAUAAUACCAAUGAAAGGAAAGGGUAAGUUUAUGGAGCGUCAGACACUAUGAUGACGAUUCUUCACUUCAAGAUGCUAUUUUGCCCUACAAAGGCAAAACACAGUACCUACCAACAAUGAAACUAAGAAAAAUGGCUUCAAAGUACUGCUGUUUGCUUUGGUUUUAGUGUGUGUUUUGUAGUUACUGCAGUUUUUUUUGUUCAUCUGAACAUAGUUGAGCCAAAAUCAUCUAUCACAGGACAUAUAAUAAUUUAAGAGCUGACUUGAUUUCGGUCAUAACUUCUGACAAUGUGUAAUGGCUGCAUUUUGCGUUUGCAUGGAUGUAUGAUGAAGGUUACUGAUUCUCAAAGAAUAGGAUAAAAAACAUGUUCUGUUUGUGAUAUGAAUAGGCAUUUUCAUGUGAGAUUUUCUUUGUUCUGUUUAAAUGAGAACGAUGGUUUGAGAACAAUCCAUGUUCCCUUACGAUUUCAGUUCACUCGACAUUGCGUUAAUACGACACAUAUGGAAAAUUCCUUUUCCGAUGACCUUGCUGAAACCCUUCUACAGUAACGGCAAGUCUAAGAUUGACCAUGGUGUUUAAGCGCUACAUCAUGGAUCAGCAGCAUUCAUAGGCCAAAACGAGCAGUACUUCAUCCCAAUGGACUCAUUCUCGGCUAAAAACCCCACAACCUGCUGACUCAGUGAGCCAAAAGUCGCCGCCAAGCAGCCGGUAAAGCCACUCAAGUGUAGCCCAAAUGUAGGAAGCCGCCUCAAUGCGAGUCCCGUGCCGAUGGGAAACCAAAUCGUGCUCUGUCCCAUUACACGGACACGUGACAAGCUCUUAUGGGCAUUUCUGACUGGGUGCUAAAAACAAUCAAACGUGGUUACACGAUCCAAUUUGCAUGGCCCGUUUCAACUGUGUUCUGUCUUCCAUGGUUCCAUCUGAAGUUGCGCUGGUGUUUCGAGCCGAAAUACACAAUCUUCUCGCAAAGAAUGCGAUAGAAGUGGUUCCUUAUUGUCUUAUUGUAGCGGUUUUACAGCCGCUAUUUUCUUGUCCCAAAGAAAGACGACAGGCUAAAAUAGGCUUCAGCCGAUUUUAGAUCAGAGACAUUUGAAAAAUGUUUAACUCAAAAACGGAUCUUAUCACACAUCCGCCCACACGAUUGGUUUGCAUCGAUAGAUCUGAAAGACGUGUACUUUCAUGUACAAAUUGUACCACAUCACAGGAUGUUUUUGAGAUUCGCGCUCAAGGGAACAGCAUAUCAAUUCAAAGUCCAGCCCUUCGGAUUGUCCCUGGUGCAUUGAUGCGGUACUCACCCCUCUGAAACUGAGCAGCGUGCGCAUUUUGAACUACCUCGACGAUUGGCUAUUACUGGCUCAAUCAGAGGCUGUGUUAUGCCAGCACAGGGACUUAUUGCUCCAACAGCCUUGGGCUCAAUGUCAACUGGGCGAAGAGCAUGCUCUUUCCAAGCCAACAAAUCUCCUUUUUGGGAGUCCGUCUCGACUUCAGCGAAAUCGAUUUCAACAACUUUAGUUCAAUUAAUUGGCAAUCUGCCUUUUCCACCACCUUAGUUAGCGGUAUCUGCAAAAUUCAAUAUUGGUCGACUACUAUUACAUACAUUGAUGAACACUUUUAUCAUUUGACAGCAAGGGCAUAGAUUCCAGGGGGGUGCCCGGGGGUGCCCCCCCAUAAUCAAAACAAGCAAGUACAACCCUUCAUUUUUCUAAUACUCCAAUACCAUCACCACCAAUGUUCAAGCCAAAUCUAUGCCCUUAUUUUACAGUUUUCCUAGUACAGUCUACCUUGACUAAUCAAAAGUUUCUGUAUACAUCUUAAUAUGUAUGAGAGUACGAAUAAUUUCAUAACAAAUCAGCACAUGUAAUGUUAAAGCCAAAUCAAAUGAAUGUAAAGCAAAAUGCAACCUGGUCCCAUAGAAUUACGUUAUACCUUUUUGCAAAAUUAUUUUUACUUUGCUCGUGAAAUUAACAAUGGAAUCACUUUCACACAAAUCACAAGUAAAAUGGCAAAUUGUCAGUUCAUUAACACUUAAUUUCUGACACUAUUGGUUAGGUUUAGGUUCAAUGUUUAGGGUAUGGAGACAGUGCAUUCAUCUGAAAUAAUUUAAUCUGUUUUUGAAAACAUUUAACUUGCUUAUAGCGCCACACAGUGGACAUUUCACCUCAGAGCUGACGUGAUAUUUGUAAUGAACCACAUAAUAUCAUUUGGCAAAAAUGGCACCACAAGUCACGUGAUUUUAUUAGAUCAGGCUCACAAAAUAAGCUAUUUCUUAAAAAAAAAAAAAAAAAGAACUCCCAUCCAUGGUACUUGUAAAUGUCAAGAAAACAUCGUCAAUACAGGCAUGUUUUGAAUGUAUUUUUAAGGAUCUAAAAAUGGUUGAAUUGAAUUGAAUUGUGCCUUGCUUAUAUGUCCAAAAAGAUUUCCAGAAUCCAAUAGCUUUGAUUUUUGUCUUUCCUUUAGCAAGGUUUUCAUAAAGUGUGUUCUAACAGUUUUGAUACACUGUAAUAUUUUUUUGUUGCAUACACUGGAUUGCUUUUACAGAAAAGACUAAAAAUAAACAGAUGUUUUAUGAAAGUCACUGAAGCACAGCUCAAGCGCUAAACAAUUUUUAGAAAUGUGUGUUAUUUUUUUGUUGCAUAGACUCUGUAUCAGUAUUUAAUUAGUCCAGUUUAAAAACACUGUACUCUUGUUAAAAACUCACUGUAACUUCCACAGAAUUUACUGUGUAUUUCUAUGCUGUUUUAUUUGACUGUGAGAUGUGAUGACUUUUAUUUGUAUAUUUUUAUAUUGUGAUUUGUAGUGUGUAUACUGCUUCUUUCUACCUGAUGUAUGUUGUGAAAUAUUAUGACAGGAUAAACCAUAGUCUUUUUUAUAUUGCUGUACCUGACAUUUACCAAAUGUGGUGUGUGAAAUUAUUGAAGUUAUGUCCUCAGUAUGGUUCCUAUGAAUCCCAUUCAAGUUGUCAAAAGCAAAAAUGCUUCACAUUUUAAUUAAAUUAACUCUGCAAAUAGAUUACUGUGGGAGUCAGACUACUUAAAUACAAAACGCUCCAAAACUAAAGAGUCCUCUUUAUCAAUAAUGUCUUGC